AUGCCGACAGCGACACGGAGUAGUGCGACGGUCGCGGCUGGGCCGAGUGCAGGAACGAGUCCAGGCUCGUCAGCACUGGCCUCGGCUUCCAUAACAACCUCAGAACAGCUCGUCAAGACCCUCCGUGUACCGCAACCACCAUCAAACGGAGUCAGCAAGAUCGACAUUGCCCUCGAAGCAUGGCAAACAGACAGCUUCUUUGUGCCCAAAAAGGCAGAUCUGCUAUCGCAAUGGGUCCUCGAAUACCUUUGCUCUUCGCUGAAGGCUUCUCCGUCCGCCGCGGCUCCUGGCACACCCAACAAGGGAAAGAACAAGGCGAAGCAACACCAACAGCAGCAGUCCUCGACAUCAGCAGGGACAGUCGAGCUGAAUCUCAAAGCAUGGCAGCUUCUUGCCGGCAUCGUCACCGCCCAGACCAGCAACCAGGCGGACCUCUCCGAAGCAGCCAAGCGCAGUUGGCUGUCUCACCUUGCCAACACUCAGCCUGUCCUCGCUCUCGCUGGCGCCUUUGCGAGAAAACUUGCUCAAGAUCAGACUCUAUCGCAGUCUCAGCUGGAGGAGUUGCUCUCUUCCGCAUCGGUGUCUCUAGAGAAGCUGCUCCCUCCAGCUACGUCAAGAACAGCAGCCACCAACAUCGAGGCAGCCACAGACUCGAUACAGGCUUGGCUCGACUUCUUCGCCGAGUCACGUGGCGUGAAAGAGCAGCAGAAGGGGCUCACGAUCCUCCUAGCCAUCGUCAAGCCUUGGUCGACUGCGUUGCAAUACGGCUCAAAUGCCAAACGAAACCAUCAGCACUUUUGCAGCCAUGCCUUCCUGUCUCUCUUGCGUGCUCUGUACGCACUUGGAACACGAGACGCUGAAGACGGCUUAUACACAGCGCAAGAAUUGGCGACAAUCGAGGCUUUACAGCAGAUCGCUGCUGAGUCCUUAUUCACCGAGGACGUCCAGCGUUCGCUCUUGCAAGCAGGACGUCAAGCGCAGAUAACGGCAAGGCCGACCUGGAAGGAGGCAAAAGUUCCCACCGCAGGUAUCGUCGCUCAAUUGCACGGCUUCAUGGAGGACGAAGCGCUCGAAAGCGUCACGCUCAGCUGUCUUCCUGCGCUCACCAAUCUCCUCUACGCGAAGCUUUAUCGAAGUGAGGCACUCAACUCGAUAGUCAGCUUCAGCAACACCUCUUCGGGCACCGUCCGUGAAGCUCAGCUUUCUCUCGUUCGCAAGACGAUGCUCUCCGAGUGGCUCUUCCCGCUCCUGCCGCACCUUGCCAAAUCCUCUGAUACGUCUAAGUUCUGCCGAGAAAGUGCAGCGCCAAGACGAGGCUUGCUGCGCAGCAUCGAGAGCAACGGUCUUUACAUCAUGGGAUGCGAAGAACACGAAGAGUGGCGCUCGUAUUUCAACGUCAUCUCCGAUGUCGUUCGUCAAGAAUUGCGUCGAGCCAUCACUGAGCCAGGGCCAGCGAAUCAAGUCGAGAUUGCCGACCACUUCAGCUGCCUCACGUCGCUCUGGCAACUCGAAAAGGCCAUCAUCGAACCGGAAUUGACGUCGAUAUUCGCCAUGGUCGCAGCCCAACGUGUCUCUAAAGAAGCUUUGUGGCUUCCGGAAGAGCUGUCGAUGUCCACGCUUGCGGCGCUCGACCUUUUCCGGGCCGUUGCGGUUAUCGACGCCAGAUUCCGAAGCAUCCCGAACCUCGUCAACACGAUCCUUGGCAGCCUUCCCUUUGCAGCCGAGUUCUCCGCCCAGUCGCCUGAUGGGUCACUCUUCUCGCCUCUCUUCGCGUCUCAGACCUUCCUGGCUGAACUCGGAAAGCUCUGUCGCGACAACGUGACGCCGAUGCAGGUGUCGGACCUCAUUCACAGGCUAACAAGCCUGUCUCAGGGCUUGACCGCUGUACUGCAGACCAGCGCGACUCCGAAAGCAUCAAAGAAGCAGCGCACUUCCCAGAGCAGUCCAAGCAAGACCGACAAUGCAAAGGCAGAAGGGGCAGCUGCGCUGACCGCGCAGCUUCAGAUUGCUGCCCAAGUGCUGCAGAGCGUCAAUUUGGCGCCCACUCUUCGCGCUCGCUCUGUUGCUGCUGCGGAGGACCUGCACAAUAAUCUGAUUCUUCCAUGCAUCGACGCUUGCCUCUCGUCCCCAUCCUCGCCCGCCAUCUGCGGUGUAGCAGCAGCUGCGCUGCGUGUCAGACAAGCGCUGCUCUCAGAGAAGUGGCGCUACGACCCAUCCGAGGCGGUCAAGCUCGACGGAUCCCUGCCGACAGAGAGCCUUCCGUGUCUCGAGGAGGCGUUCGACGAGCGAGCAGACUCUCUCCUUGAGCUGUUGUCAUCGCAAGAUGGGGGACCCCAGAUGUUACAAUUGCAGUUCCAGAUCGUGCAGAGCCUGCUGCAGCGUGCAGAGCGGGAUACCUUCCUCGGACUGCAGGGAUCGCGAUACUGUCGACUGAUCUCGGAAGACAAGGGUCACCUUCAUGACCUGCUUAGCGGACUGCAGUCGACACACGCUUCGGUUGCAGGAGCAUGGGCAGGCAGCCCUGAUCACAUUCGAUCGCGUGGCGAGCUGAUGCAGAUGCUCUGGAUGGCGAUCGUGACCCGAUGGGCACCCCUUUUUGAUGCGAUCGCAGAUGGCGAGAUCGUUCAAGCGCUCGCUCGCACUCUCGUUCGAACAGCGCAGCCCAGUCUGCGAAAGGACGACGUCCAGAGCGGGAUGCGAUACAUCACUUCUACGGCGUUGCGCAAUGCCUCGUUUCUCGAGCUGCCCAAUUGGCGCAGGCAGAUCGUCGAGAUUGUCCAACGAGAGGUAUCGUCUCAAGCAGACCUUGAACUUAGGCUGGAUUCCACCGCGGCGCUUUGGACUACUCCGACCGAGUGGGUGCACAAAAGCGCACGUGGACCCUUGAUCAAGGCUCUUCUUGCGCUCGAUCGUGACGUCGAAUCUGCUCAUCAAGGGGCAUCUACAGGCAGCAAGCACUUCACAGCAUCUUGGACGCAGCUGCGCACUUUGAUCUCGAGAGCGCUGCAAGACUAUGCCACAGAGACGAGCGUUAGCGACGAGGACCCUUUCGCCUCCCUGGACGCGUUCUUGUCCUUGCAGGAUAGCAGCGCGGAGGAGAAGUACGAUCAAGCUUGGAAACGCGCUACGCUCGCCGCCUUCUCUGCCGUUGUUCGGGCGCUACGAGCGAGGAGCGUGCAAAAGUCAGGCAUCUCGCAGCGACUUUUUGACGUCGCCAAGCAGCUGCGCCAGGAAGCAGCUGUGGAGGCAAGCAGCAAGAAGGGUCAUAUCACGCUCAAAAUGCGUGCUGCUCAAGAGACGUCUUCCAUUCUCAGCAGUCUCAUAGCUGACAAGCCGUCCGACCAAGGCGACCCCGCUACGAGAAACAUUCGCGCAAUCAUCGACCAAAGAUACAUAAACCUCGACACCCUUGGCGACAUCGCACAGGCGCUCGACAUCUCCCUGUAUCACCUGCGGGAGGUACGGCUUCUUGGCGAGGCUGGCACGGACAGUAGCGACACGCUGGCAUUGUCCAAGGAGAUUGUGGAGACGCUGUGCACCGUCUUCGGCCGCGCCCAAGCCCUCAUCGACGCCGAAGCAAAUGAACGACAAAAGAUCCUGCGAUCUGCAGCCGACGUGACGCUCGAGCUGCUGCGAAGCAUCGAUCUGCACGGCCGGGUGUCCAGCGGUUCUCAGACCGCCCUUGUUAUCUGCCGCACCUACGCAGCGCUGGUCGCAUCGCUGAGUGGGCUUCGAGAGCAGCGACGCCUCACAGAAGGACUGCAGCGCAUCGUCUCGCGCUUCACUGCGGAGCAGUACGACGAAGUCCUCUCCAACCUCCUGCUGAUCUUGCGCGGGACGGCGAGUCUCGUCGCCGAUGCCGGGGUGGACAACGAUCAAGCGGCGCUCACCACGACCCUCGGCCUCGUGCUCGGCAGUGCACCAGAGGGAACAUCCAAAGUUGCUCGCUCGCACCUAUCUUCCUGGUUGGCGAUUCUCAACACCGCCACCGCAGGACCUAUCAAGCUCCGAUCCAUUGUCUCCGCCGUCUGCGCCCUCGACGACCUCUGUGGGAACCACGCGAUGCUGCUCCGAACGCAAGACAUGGGUGCGCUCCUGCAGCUGUUUGCCACGCUCACGGGGCCGAGUAUGGCCGACGAGCCAGCGCGCGCUUUGGUCCACCUCGAGCGAAGCGAGCUGGAGGUAGUCCGAGCGAAGAUCUUUGGCGGAAUGGUGUCGACGUUGGGCACACUGUUGCGAUUGCGUCAGGAUCUGAUGUCGGGCUUUCUGCCGCAGCUGUCGCUGCUCCUGGCUAGACUGGUGACGUUGUUCCGUCAACUUCGCAACGGAGGGGGUGCAUCGGGAUCGCAGAGGAGGACUUUGCGACGCGACCUUCCGACCUGGCUCGAUCCCGUUCUGGUCCCGCCCCUCGGCGUGGGCGAAGCGAGGGGCUUGGCACGACUUCUCUCGGGGUUGGUGGUCAAGAGCGUCCCCCUCGCGGGAGGGGGCAAGGCCGAAAGUCUGGCCAAACCGUUUGGCAAGCAUGCCACAGGGGUGUUGGUGGCGUAUUUGAGAUGUCUCACCGUCCAAGGUGCCGUAGUGGAUGCGGAGGUGAGGAAGGAAUUGGAGGUGGGCAUGAUGACCGUGUGCGAGGUGAUGGGUGUCAGACAGAGAGACGCUGCGAUGGUGGGACUGUUGGAUUCCGCAGGGAAAGUGCUGAUGAAGAGAGUUUGGGGCGUGUUUGAGAAGCAGAGGUACAAAGGGCAGUAA